CCCUCUUAUUUUUCUUCGACCUAAACAUAGCCAAAACAAAUAAGCCCGUACUUUUAUAUUAUUGUCUUGACUUAUUGAAAUUACACAGUGCACAUGCCUCCAGCUCUCAAAUCUCUACCUUGCUGCUGCUACUGCCCUAUUUAACGCUUCUUUUCUGAUUCUAUUGUACGCUUUCAAUCUUUUUAUUCCUUUUUGUCGACUGCCAGAGUUAAGAGUUAUUACAAUCUUUUAUUUCUCUUAGUUUUCUUCCUCGCACAAGCCCCCUGUGAUCUUCUUUUCUUUAUGUAAUAUUCAAGUUGAUUAAAAGAAGUAGCUUUUUGGGUUUUCGGUUCUGUAGCCUUUAAUUUGGUUGAAAUCUUUUACGUGCCAUUUUAGAAAUCCAAAGAGAAGACAACAAUGGCGGAUAAAGACCCAGAUUUCCCUUCUCAGAAACUCCCCUCUGCCUCUCAGAAAUGUUUGUUUUCGGGUUCAACAGGUUCUUGAAGAGCUAAAAGAGCUAUGGGGGAUGGCUUUGCCAAUAACAGCAGCUCAUUUAAUGGCCUUUUUUAGAGCGGUGGUCUCAGUCAUGUUCUUAGGCAGGCUGGGCGGUCUAGAGCUAGCCGGUGGUGCACUGUCCAUUGGGUUCACCAACAUAACUGGCUACUCAGUUCUGGUGGGCUUAGCCUCUGGACUGGAGCCAGUGUGCAGCCAAGCUUACGGCAGUAAGAACUGGGACCUCUUGUCACUCUCUCUCCAACGCAUGAUCUUAAUCCUCUUGAUAGCAAUCAUACCUAUAAGCCUCUUAUGGCUUAAUCUUGAAUCUAUCAUGAACUUCAUGGGUCAAGAUCCAAACAUCACAGCAAUGGCAGCAACAUACUGUAUUUACUCUCUUCCUGAUCUUUUAACAAAUACUUUGCUGCAACCUUUGAGGGUUUUCCUAAGAUCACAGAGGGUGACAAAACCCAUAAUGUACUGCUCACUUCUGGCCGUUAUAUUCCACGUGCCACUGAAUUACAUGCUGGUAGUGGUGAUGGGGCUUGGGGUCGCUGGGGUGGCGAUGGCAUCAGUGGUGACUAACAUGAACAUGGUGAUUUUGAUGGUGGGAUACGUGUGGUGGGUAAGUGGACGGUGGGAGAUGAGAUGGACGGUUAGGAUUGAAGGGGUGUGUGGUGGGGUGGGACCACUGUUUAAGUUGGCAGUGCCUAGUUGUUUAGGUAUAUGCUUGGAGUGGUGGUGGUAUGAGAUAGUGAUAGUAAUGUCCGGGUACUUGCCUAAUCCCACUCUGGCUGUGGCCGCCACUGGGAUACUCAUCCAGACCACUAGCAUGAUGUAUACUGUCCCUAUGGCCCUUGCUGGUUGUGUCUCUGCUCGGGUGGGGAAUGAGCUUGGAGCUGGUAAGCCACACAAAGCCAAAUUGGCUGCUAUGGUUGCUUUGGGGUGUGCCUUUGUGAUUGGUAUCAUCAAUGUUACAUGGACAGUGAUCCUUAGAGAGAGAUGGGCUGGUUUGUUCAUUAAAGAUGGUCUUGUUGAAGGGUUAGUAGCAUCAGUUUUGCCCAUAAUAGGACUUUGUGAGCUGGGCAACUGUCCUCAAACAACUGGCUGUGGAAUCCUACGUGGCACGGCACGGCCUGUGAUUGGUGCCCGCAUCAACUUGGGCUCAUUCUACUUUGUGGGUACCCCAGUCGCAGUGGGCCUGGCCUUCGGGCUUAAUGUUGGAUUUAUUGGGCUCUGGUUUGGACUUCUUUCAGCCCAAGUGGCUUGUGCAGUGUCUAUUCUCUAUGUUGUGUUGGUCCGUACGGAUUGGGAACACGAGGCAUUGAAGUCUAGGAAGCUGACCAGCAUAGAAAUGAGUCCAAGCAAUGGUCUUCGAGCUAAAGAAGAAGAAGAAGAAGAAAGUAGAAGGUUGUUGGUUAAUGGAAAUGGUAACAUAGCAAAGGAAGAUGAUGUUUGAGGAAGAACUAAUGUGAUGAGUAUGUGAGAGAGUGGGUGGUGAGCUUUUCUGGGAUUUGUUUUUAUCUUUUAACUGCUUAUGGGGAGGAUCUGACUCAUGCUAAGAAUUUUUAUUUGGCCUCUUUGGUUUUUUUUUUUUUUUUUUGGUUUUGUUUUGAUGGGGUUGUCAUGAAGCUGUUUGUGGCCAGAGAGAAUGUCACUUCCCAUAUAUACGUAAAGAAGGUUACAUAUUUUAACAUGAAUGAUCUACCUUUUGCCUUGUUUUUGCUUU